GUAGAGUGUAUAUAUACUCUUUGAAGGUCGUCACUGAAUUGUACUAUUUAUAUUGAUCUCAUAUUCACUCUAUAUAUCUCAAUUAAUGGGGUGGGCAGAAGUUGUGAAGUUGUUGUUGUUAUGGGUUUUCAUAGUUUUACUGGUUGAAAAUCAAAACCAUGGAGUGGAAGGUUGUGUUGAAGAGGAGAGGACUGGGUUGCUUCAACUCAAGGCCUCUUUCAUUCGGAACAGUACUGAUGAUGAGAUAAGGCAUGAUUUGGUACUUCCUUCGUGGGUUGAUGAGAGAGAAAGUGAUUGCUGUGACUGGGAGAGAGUCGCUUGCAACCACACCACAGGCAGAGUGGUGGAGCUCACUCUCCAUGAUAUAGGGAUACGGAAGUACUUUUCUUAUGAUGUGCCCUUGUGGCCUUCUUUAAAUGUCUCCUUGUUUAAACCUUUUGAAGAGCUGCUGAGUCUUGAUUUAUCUGAGAAUUUUUUUCAUGGCCCUGUUGAAAAUGAAGGUUUUGAAAGGUUGUUGAAAUUGGAGAUCUUAAACCUUGCUUUUAAUGGCUUCAAUAACAGUGUCCUAGAACCUUUGGGUUCACUCACAUCACUGAAAACUUUAAAUGUCAGUUGGAAUAUGUUGGAAGGACCUCUUCCUGUCAAAGAGCUAUCAGCUCUGAGGAAAUUGGAGAAGUUGGAUCUAAGCGGGAACAGUUUAAAUGUCCCCCUUCCAGUGCAAGAUUAUCAAACUUCGUCAAAAUUGAACAAGUUAGAGCACCUGGAUCUAAGUUACAACAAUUUCAACAAAGGCAUUCUAAAGUGGUUGGCUAAUCUCCCGGUUCUUAAAUUUCUAUCACUGGAGUCCAAUGGAUUGAAGGGGCCCCUUUCCAAUAAUGAUUACCAAACUUUGCCAAAGUUGAGCAAGUUAGAGCACCUGGAUCUAAGCUACAACAGAUUCAACAAAGACAUUCUAAAGUGGUUGGCUAAUCUCCCAGUUCUUAAAUUUCUAUCACUGAAGGGCAAUUGGAUGAAAGGGCCCCUUUCCAACAAUGAUUUGAUUUCAUUCAAGAACUUGGAGGUUCUAGAUCUGAGCGGUAAUAUAUUCACUGGAAAUAUACCCCCGCUUGUGGGGACCUUGACUUCGCUCAAGGCUGUGUCUUUGGCGGACAACAAUCUCAACAACAGUUUGUCUAUUAAAGGUUUGUGUGAAUUAAACAACUUACAAGAGUUGGAUCUUAGUGGUAACUCGUUCCAAGGAAUCCUUCCUCCAUGUUUGAGCAAUUUGAGAUCCCUUAGACUGUUAGAUCUCUCUUGGAAUCAAUUCACUGGAAACAUUUCUUUUAUAAUAUCAACCCUCACAUCUCUAGAAUACUUCAGUCUUAAUUUCAACCAUUUUGAGGGUUUAUUCUCAUUAAGCUCCUUAGCCAAUCAUUCCAAGCUUGAGAUUCUUGAAUUAGGCAGCAACAAAUUGCGGGUGGAAACUGAUCAUUACUCAAAUUGGGCUCCCAAGUUUCAGUUGAAAAUCCUAGGGUUAUCAAACUGCAACCUCGCCGGUGAAAUACCCGAGUUUCUUUUCCACCAACACAAAUUAAGAGUUGUUGAUCUCUCCCACAACAACUUGAAAGGAGUGUUUCCUUACUGGUUGCUUAAUAACAAUGCAAGACUUGAAUAUCUGGAUGUCUCCGCCAAUUACUUUGAUGGCCAACUUCAAGAAAACAUUUCAAUCAGUCUUCCAUACAUUUCGUAUCUAAGUUUAUCCACAAAUUCUUUCAAAGGUAUUCUUCCGUCAUCACUUUGCAACAUGAGUGCCUUACAGAUAUUGGAUUUGUCUGUUAACAUGUUCUCUGGAGAAGUACCAAAGGAAUUGGUUUCAGGUUGCAUCAAUUUGAGAGUCUUGAAAUUAUCCAGCAAUAAAUUUCAUGGUCAAAUACUCUCAACACACUUCAACUUGACCAACUUCGAGGUUCUGUCUUUGCAUGACAACCAGUUCUCGGGAAUUUUGUCCAACACAAUUUCCAAAAGCUCCCACCUAACUCUGUUGGACAUUAGCAACAAUUACUUCUCAGGGAUGAUUUCUAGCUGGAUAUUUAAUAUGACAGAAUAUGGGAUUUUGGAUGUCUCUCAUAAUUCUUUCGAAGGCCGGUUACCAUGUGAAGUAGCUGAAGGUUGGGUUUUGGAUGUCUCUCAUAACUCUCUUUCGGGAUCAUUACCUUCUUGCUCAUACCCAACAGCUCAUAUUUAUUUGCAGGCAAACAAAUUCACAGGACCAAUACCAAAUGCUUUUGUCAAUUCAUCAUCUAUGAGGACAUUGGACAUUAGCGAUAACAGCUUAUCUGGCAAUAUUCCCAAUGGGAUUAGCGCACUCUUCCACUUAAGAGUACUUCUGUUGAGGGGAAACCAUUUGAGUGGUUUGAUUCCAAAUCAAUUGUGCAAGUUGAAUAAGAUAUCCCUUUUGGAUCUAUCCAACAACUAUUUUUCUGGGUCGAUACCUCGUUGCAUUAGUAACUUCUCUUUUGGAAAGAUAGGCCCAAAUCACGACGGGUCUUUUCAAAUGGGCUUUGGUACUUCGAGUGGGUUGAAUUCGGCCACAUAUGGAAGUUUCUUAUUAGUGAGAACAUUCUCAUUCUAUGAAUCUGUAUUUGAUCCAGCACUACUAGCAGAAGCCGAGUUUGUUACAAAAAGAAGGCCUAGCUCUUACAAGGGUGAUAUCCUGAAUUACAUGUCAGGAUUGGAUUUGUCAUGCAACAACCUAACAGGUGAAAUCCCUCAUGAGCUAGGAGAGCUAGUUGAGCUUCGUGCAUUGAACUUGUCUCACAAUCAGUUAAAAGGAUCCAUCCCCAGAAAAUUCUCUAGCCUGGCUCAAAUAGAGAGCUUGGACCUUUCUUACAAUAACUUGAGUGGAGUGAUCCCUAUGGAGCUGACCGAUCUGUAUUCUCUAGCAGUCUUCUCUGUAGCUUACAACAACUUAUCGGGUAAAACUCCUGACUUGAAGGCCCAAUUUUCGACAUUUGAUGGGAGCAGCUUCGAGGGAAAUCCUUAUCUCCGUGGACCACAAUUAGAGAAAAAUUGUGCCACCGUUGUUCAGUCUCCAAACACACCAACAACAAUUUCAGAAGAAAGUGAGGCAAAAGAUUUCCACCGUUGGUAUGACAUCGAUCCAGAGGCUUUUUAUGUUACUUUUUCUGUGUCAUACAUCAUGUUCUUAUUAGCACUGGCUUCUGUUCUGGCUAUCAAUCCGUAUUGGCGAAGAAGGUGGUUCAAUUUCAUUGAGAAGCGUAUGUAUUCUAGCUAGUACUUUGUUUCUGAUGCUUUCUACAAGCUAUUGGCUCAUUAGUAUAAUUAGUUGUUAUUCGCUUUUAUAAAUCAGUCGAGUGUACUAAUGCUAAUAACUACCUUUAUACAUACUCAUGGUUAAUGGAGCAAUUAGUUCAAAGCUGAAGAGAAAAACUUCACUUUAUCUAUUUCUC